AUGUGGAGGCAAUAUUGCCACAUCGUGGGCAAUAAAAGAAAUUACGAUUUUUCAUUCGCCGAGCCGUAUCAACCACCUAUUCCUUACCCAUUUUGUUACAAGGAAAAUAUGGUGAAGCAAGGAAACGCAAAGUUCAUGGAGCAUAAAGAAUCUAAAGAGAAAUUAGAAGAAGAAGUGAAUCAUUCAAAACCUCCAUUUUCAACGCUUAUGAUUUUUGAGGUGUUUGCUAUUACAAGACCUCCAGAUCAAACUUUAGAGUUGAUUGAAGAAAAAGAGGAAGAGAGUGAUGAGUCCAAUUUUGAAAAGAAGAACCAUGAGAGAGACAAGAGAAAAGAUAAAGACACAUGGAUAAAGAAAGAACCUAAGCUAAAGCAUAAUUAA